GAAGCUAUUACUAUUUCCUUCUAUACGUGUUUUCAAACAUGUCGGACAGGUCUAAAAAGGAAAGUACCCCUCCUCCUUUGCUUCUGAUGCCAGCUGGAGGAGGAUUAACUUUAGUACCGCCCGAUAACCCAAACAUUUUUAUGCCCGUCAUACAGUCUGCACCUUCUAUCUUAGAUCCUGAUGAAGAAGCUGAAGCAGACAGCUUUGUAGGACAAUCAGCACCUAGUCUUUCUCCUGGUAGACCUGUCACACAGCCAGCAUCAUCACACUAUUUCCAGUCUUCACAAAAUGUUGUCCAGGAUCCUUUUGCUCAAAUAGGUCAUGGCCAUCCUCCUCCAGCACCCAUGACAACUGCUUCCAUAGCUCACACUGUUGGGGAGAGCAUGGCUCCGCCUCCUCAUCACCCAUCACCUGCUAUGUCUUUUGCUUCACCUCCAUCAGCUGCCCCACCACCUAAGGAUACCUCUGGUUCUGGUAACAUAUAUAGACAUCAAGGAGGGCGACCACAAUAUGCACAGAUGCCAUCAUCAUUUUCUUCGAUGCCUUCACCAGUCUCGCAGCCACCUAUUGUAAAUUUACCUCCAGUAAAACCCAUAAAUCAGCUAACCAAUAAUAUUUCACAGGCUCAGUAUAGCCCUUCACCUGGACCUCUGCAGAACCAUGCUAGUCAGGUAGGAGGGGCAGAGCCCACUGGACAGUACACAGGUGGACUUUAUUACCAGCCUGUCAGAUACCAUUGGUGUUAUCAACAGAAUGAAAAUGAGAUAGAAAUCUGGAGACCAUUUUCUGUUCAUGACAGCACACAAUUAGAGAUUGCUUUUCAAACACGUUUAGCAGAAUCUCCUAACCAUACCACUGUUAACACAAAUGGUGGUCGCAAUGAAGUGAAUGUUGGUUUGCGAAUAAGAAAGCCUGUGUACUGGCAGGACUUUCCUGUUCCAGUCAGACGGUGCUCAUGGUUCUACAAAAGAGAAGGUGACAACAGAUAUAUUCCCUAUGAAGAAGAGCUUUCCCUCAAACUUGAAAAUGAAUACAAAAAGGCAAUGGAAACUAAUGGAUGGCACCGCAGGCUGGAGUUCCCAGACAAUGUGAUCAUUGUCAUGCACAAUGCUAAUGUUAUUGUUCAGUUUCCACCUUCUUCCACUUUUGAUGAAUGGGGAAAUGUUCAGAAUUUUUAUACACUAACAGGGGGAGAUCAAAUGAGACCCAGAGUUGUCAAGAGAGGCGUGGAGGAUUUUGCAACUAUAGAAUAUGGUGAGAGAGAAGAAGUUGAUCACCUAGUAUUUUUUGUGCCUGGCAUUGAGGAUAUGACAAAUAAGAAUGGAAAAUCAGUGGAAGCUUUAGUGGAUAAUUUCCGCAGCAAUGCUUUAAGUCUUCUCCAGUCUCAUUUUACGAAUGCUUAUCAGUCAAAGUCUGUAAACAGGGUUGAAUUUCUGCCGAUCAUUUGGUCAGAGGCUCUAGAAGAUGGAGUGUCUGGGCUAAAAGAACAGGUGACUAGUGUUACUUUACCAAGCACCUCAAAACUGCGACAUUUUAUAAACAACAAUUUAAUAGACACUCUGUUCUAUACCAGUCCUUUAUAUUGCCAGAAAAUUUGUGAAACAGUUGGUAGAGAGAUGAAUAGAAUGUUCCAUGUUUUCUUAGAGAAGAAUCAAUCUUUUAGUGGAGAUGUAUCUGUUGCAGGACACAGUCUAGGUUCUGUUAUUUUAUUCGACAUUCUAUUGAAUCAGAGGUUACCAGGGGAUAUUGUACCAGCAUCAAAUGUGUUAGACAAUUCUUUAAAUGAGUCAUCAACGUCAGCUGCAUUGGAAGAUACAUUUGAGGCUGUUCAUGGUCUGUCAGAAACUGAAAGUGAAAACUCUGAGGCAUUGACUCUGGAAACUUUACUCUCAAAAGUUGGUCUACAAGACAAAUUAAGCUUGUUUCAAAAUGAGCAAAUGGAUGUAGAGUCUUUAAUAAUGUGUACAGAACAGGAUCUUAAAGACAUUGGAUUGCCUUUAGGUCCAAGGAAAAAACUGUUAGGACAUUUGAAAGAGGAACAAGAUAAGAAGAUUUUUCACUUUAUUCCAUUGUAUAGGAUUGAUGCCUCAAUUAAAGAAAAAAUGGAGCAGAAAAAAAAGGAGGAAAAUGAAAAGGCUGAAAGACAACGUCAAGCAGCAGAACAAAUUGCCUAUGAAAAAUCAGAUCAAAGCCAAAAGAAUGUCAGUGCCCACUACCUGCGUGGUGCUCUAGGAGCUGGACAACUGAAAGUAUCCUACCCUCAGCUAGACUUCACUCCCAGUGCCUUAUUUGCCCUUGGCUCACCCAUAGGAGUAUAUUUAACUCUUCGAGGGGUCCAGGAUCUUGGAGAGUUUUUUCAGCUGCCUACGUGUUCAAGGGUUUAUAAUAUCUUUCAUCCUUUUGACCCAAUGGCCUAUAGGAUGGAACCUCUUAUAAGAUCUAAUACUGCAGCUUUAAAACCAGUCUUGAUACCCCACUACAAAGGAAGAAAACGCUUGCACUUAGAAUUCAAAGAAGCUGUAACAAGAUAUGGCACUGACAUCAAACAAAAAAUUAUUGAUUCAGUCAAGAGCACGUGGAACACGCUCAAUGACUUUGCCCGGGCUCAUCGCUCAGAUGCCUCCAAAAGUAGCACAAUGGAAACUGAGGUUCAGUCUGAGAUUAAUCAGAUGAUGUCCCACAUUGCCCAGCAACAAGCAGAAGAUGACAGGGGAUCUGUUUCCUCAAUGGCUGAGGAGGAAAUUCACAUGGGACAGUUAAAUGAAGGGCAUAGAGUGGAUUAUAUUCUACAGGAAGGACCUCUAGAGAGCUUUAAUGAUUACUUGUUUGCACUUGCUUCACAUUCUUGUUAUUGGGAGUCAGAGGACACUGCUCUACUUCUAUUAAGUGAAAUCUAUUCUCCCCUUGGUAUCAGGCCUGUUAUGCCAGGCACAGACAAUAAGAAAAUCUCAAAAGAGGCAUCUCUGCCUCGACAGUUACCACCACCUUCUUCUGGAAUGGGCACAAUAUCUUCUGCUGCUGCUUAUCAGACAAACACUGCCUCCUAUCAGAGCUCUUCAAACAUACCACAAGCAGCUGUUAGCUUCCAGAGCCCACAGUCAUAUGGGGCUCCCCCAGUUGGAGCCCCACCACCCAUGUUUAUUUCUCAAGGACCACCCCUUUCAGGUUCCAUUGGAAUGAGAAAAUCACCCUAUGUGGCUCCAGACUUUAACAACUUGCCUUCUAGUCAGUCAUCAGGACCAGUGCUGCCUCCCAUGGGGCCUGCCAUAGCUGGAGGAUACAGGAGAAGUCAACCAUAGACAUAGAGUUUAUCACAUUCUUAUCUAGAUCACUGUUUGUUAAUAUUUUUUAAUCAUUAAGCAUUCAUUGUGAGCGGUCAAGUUAGUGAUAUAUAUAUAUAUAUAAAAUAGUGUUGGAUCUUUUCUAAAUUUUUAAAGAAAAACUUUGGUCACGCAUCUGGAUUCCAUUGUUUUGUUCAGAACUGUGUUUAGUUGAAAUAUAGAUUUUCAUCGCUAUUUUUUUAGAGAGAGAAUUAUUUAUUAAAUGACUUGUAGGAAAAUAUUUUAACAAACAUUUCAAUGUUGCAUUCUUGUUGCGCUCUUGACAUUGUUCAAUUAUAAAUUGUAUUUUUUUUCCUGUAUAUUUCAUUAACUUGCCUUUAAUUCAACUUUUUGUGAUUUGUUUUUUUUUUAAUAAUUUAUUUUUCUUUGUUUAGUAAUCAUAUUUUUAUUUUGUGAUUAAAAGCAUAUACCAAAUUUAGAUACAUGAAUUUUGUCUACAUGCAUUGUUUGGCCUUCUAUAUGAUUAUACAUAUGCAAAGGAGUGUGUAUAUUCUUCAUUUCUAAUUUAUUUUCAUUCCAACAAAUAAACAAAUGAAAUGGUUUCAUGGUUAAACACUUACAGACCUGCCUACCGUUACGCAAAAUGCGUAUUCGUUACGCAAAAUCUCCCAAAAAUGACCGUCAGUACGCAAAUACGCAUUGAACCCGUCACGUUACGCAUUUCGUAUCCUUUUUUUUUCCCCUCUCUUGACUAGCUUACGAGCGGUCACGGAGGUCACGCUAAGCCGUCCUGUUGGGGGGGGGGGGGGAACAGAAAAAGGUGGGGGAACACAUUGUGUCCAGAUCUAUACGUUGAUUGGUUCUUAAAAGCAAUUAGGUUUAGUCUAGAAAUGAAGAACGCGAGAGUGAGGGAGUGGCGGGUUGGUACCGUCAGUUAGCUGAUACACCAACGUGACUUUUUUUUUUGUAAGUUCAUUAGUAGAAAUUAAUUAUGUUUAAUCCCUGAUUCCCGUAUUUAUUUCUAUAGAAAACAAAUAUCGAAGUGCUAUCAAUUCAAAACACAUUGAGUCAUUGAGUGACAUUGUAGAUAUCUAGUCUAGAUCUAGAAUGUAGAUAACAUUAUUAACAUAUUAUACAGGAAUAGAUCUAGCUAGAGUCUAGCUAGUCAUGUGCUUACGUUAUGUCAUGAUUCUCUACAUUACUCUACUCUACAAUCUAGAUCCAAUUUAGUUGUAGUAUGAUUUAGAUUGACUAGAUCUAGAUCGAUAACUAUACUACCAUCUAGUCUAGAUCUAGACUAGAUUCUUAGUCUUAGUAUAGGAUAGAUCAAGAAUGAAGGUAGGCCUACGAAAGUUUGGAGUAGACCUACGUUUGUAGCGGAUCAACGGCAUCGGUAACACUCUUGAGCCCAGAUCUAGAGUAGAUUAUAUUCAUUAUAUAGACAUAGAUCUAGUCUAGAUAUCAUCUCUAUUGUCGUAUUGAUUUAGAUUAUAGAUCUAAUCAUGACAUCUAGAUCUAAUAUAUAUAUAUAUUUAUAUAUAUAUAUGACAAAAUAGUGGAUCGCGUAAGUGUUACGCAUUCUGGUGCCAAAAUACGCAUUUUGACCAUCAGCGUUACGCAUUUGGACUUUUUUUGGUAGGCAGGUCUGCACUUAGUUGAAUGAAUACCUUUAUAAAUAUCCUUCCCACCUCCAAAUUUGUUUAAUAAGAAAUAUUGCCUUCUCUUGAACAGUCUUCUAGUCACUGGAAAGGGUGCUCAUUUUUAGGAAGGAAAAUUAUAAUAGUAACAUUUAAUGGCCAUUUUCUAUUGCUGAUAUAUAAGAUGGUUAAAAAAGGAAUGAAUUUUUUCAAGAAACAUGACUUCAGUUUGAAUAAAUGUUCUAACAACUUUCAUAAUUUAGUUCUAAUCCUGUGUUACUUUUAUAGUAAUAAACUACUAUCUUAAUGUAAAUAGUUUCUUUGGUUUGUCACACAUUUUGGAACAAGGAUUUUUACUUUUUUUUUUUUCCCUUUUACAUCGCAAUUAGAAUUUUUUUUAGAGCUGUCAAAAUAAUAUGCACCUCUCAUCAUUGGAAUGUCAUAGUAGUUUUUUUUUUUUUUUUAUAUUCAUAAAAAUGUUAAAAACCUGAUAACAGAUAAAAUAUAGAACUGAUACUUGUGUAUCUUUGUUCAGGAUUAACAAUGAUAUUUAACAGUUGAGAUAAUGGCUCUUGAUAGAUUCAAGGAAGUCUGUAAAAAUUUGAUGACAAUCUUGAAUUUCUGAUGUGACAAUGUAUAUGUCAGAUACUUAAACACUUAAAAGUUUGUGCUAAUUUAUCCAAAUAUAAUAAACAGAUUUAAUGUUUUGGCACAUUACAUUAAGCAUUGCAGUUGUUUCUGAGUUAAAAAAUACUUAGCUUUUCUCUUUUGCACUAAACAUUACAAAAAAAAACAA